CUUAAUUUAGUGGUUAAUUAAGUGCACUUAUUUUGGGAACAGAUAGUAUUUUUAACUUCUUCAGAGAAAAUUUGUCUAAGCAUGGCUCUUGGUGAGACACACGGCGAAAUGGGAGGAGGAGAAUCGAUGAGUGAUCUAACGGCUGAGCAAUUAUUCAAGAUCAACGAGCUUCAUCUCAAAACGGUCAAGGCAGAGAACAAGCUGAGUAAGCAAUCGGCGAGCUUACAAGAGGACACGGUGGACAUGCCUAUAGGCAUCACGGCGUUUUACAAAGAGGAGAUCGGAGAAACUGACGUGGUGGUGGAGCGUGCGCUCGAUAAGCAUGAAGAGGAUAUGGCUGGUUUAUUGGCUGAAGCGGACAAGCUGAGGUUGACCACGUUGACUAAUAUGGUUGAGAUUUUGACGGCGGUUCAGGCGGCGGAUUUUCUUCUGGCCGGGAAAAAACUUCAUUUGGCUAUGCAUGAGUGGGGAAGAUGUAGAGAACGUCGCCGGCAUGAAGCUUGGGGUGGUGGUGGUGAUUCUGGUGGAGAAGUUGCCGGAGAGUAGUCGUCGUUGUUGAUCAGAGUUUUAGUUUUAUGAAUAAACUUAAGUUUAGGUAAUAUAAUAAUACCAAGUAAUAUAAUAUAAGUUAAUAGUUAAUUAUAUUAUAUAGUAAAUUUUUUGAUCGUUUGGAAAUCUAGUUUUGUUUCGUAGUUAGUGAAAUGCUUUUAAUUCGUAGAUUUUCUAGUGAAAGUCAUGUUUAGAUAUUAUGAUGUAUACUUGUGUUGUAUUAUUGUUAGAUAUUUUCUAGUGAAAGUUUGAUCUCUCUUGUCUUGUAUUGAGAGAGUUAUA